AUGCUCGUCAUGCGCUUCCAGAAUGUGGCCGUCAACUACCUGAGCUCCUGGUUCCUGCUCGACUUCAGCGUGAUCACUGUGGACUGGGUCUUGACAGCACUCUCCUUGGGCGACGAUGACGACGGAGCCUCUGGAGUUGCGAGGCUCUCCAAGGCCCUCCGCCUCCUGCAUUUCCUGCGCCUGGCGCGCGUGGUGCGAAUGAUCAAAACGAAUGCGAUCCUGCAGCACCUGGAGGAGAACACGCUGUCGCAGGUCACGAUGACGCAAUACAGCCUGCUCCUGGGCGCAGAAGCUGCUGAGGGCUUGCUACAGUAG